UUUUUUUAGAACUACAUUUCCCAUUGUUCUUUACCGUUCUAUUUUGCGACGUGUCGUAAAUCUAGUUAACAACAGCUCGAGCGAGAUGGACACCAAAGACGCCUAACAGUUUUUUUCUGCCUUUACUCUUUAAUGUAUUUUGACAUGUUUAUCUAAUCUGUUGGCGACAGGUUUCGGACGCAGUGGUUGUUAAGAUGGAGGCUAUGGAGGAUGACAGUUUAGAGCUAAAAGACGACCAUAAUCAUAACUAUUGUGCUAGCAGCAGUAAAGUCCGCACGUAUCUGAGCAGCCAACUGUCGGACGUAACGACGGUUCCGCAGCCCGUGUGUUCGCCGGUGCCGGUGGGAGACAGCCGGAGAGGGAAGCUCCGGUCAGGUACCACCGGUAGCUCCAAGUUUAUGGACUCGGAUUCGAGCAGUGAAAGCAGCGAAGUGAGCGAGACGGACAGCGGGGCUCCUCCUGCCGCCGCCGCCGCUGAGGGGAAAUUCUCCCUCGACCCCACAUCCAAGUUCCUUAUGAACGCGUUGGCCGUAGAGGACUACCGGAAGAACCACUGGCCCAACCUGGAGAAGGCGAUCGACCGCCUGCUGAUCCAGAACCCCACAGACCACAUCUCAGUCUCAUAUGCUCAGAUUUACAGUUACGUCUAUAAGUGUGUGUGUCAGCAGCACUCAGAGCUGCUCUACAGCGAUCUGACGUCCAAAAUAUCAUGUCACCUGCAGGAAGUCUCCACCCAGCUACAUGCCAGUCCGCCGGAUAACUUCAUCGAGAACUUUAACGUUGCGUUGACUCAGUACACUGCGUCUCUUCAGUGUAUAGUUCCUGUUUUCAUGUAUUUGAACAAGUUCUACAUCGAGUCAAAGCUUAACAGAGAUCUGAGAGAGGAUCUGAUGAAGCUGUUCGCUGAUCACGUCGCUGAAAAACAUGUAAACACGCUGAUGCCUCUGCUCAUCAAAGCUCACUCGAUGCCGUUUCAAGUGCAGCCAUCGACCAUGGCCAGCGUGGUCAAAGGCCUCUACAGCCUCCGACCAGAAUGGGCUCAGUUGGCCCCGGCGCUCUUCUCUGGGUUUAUUCCUCAAAUCCACCCUCCUGCUGUGGAGUCUCUGUUGUCCGACUACGCCGCUCACGACCAGAAGCUGCAGAUGGAACUGUCUAUGAACGGAUUCCCACGGGGCGACCAGUCUCGGAAACGGGCCAGCGACGAUUCGUGAUCAGGACGACGUCGGCGGAUCCUUUGCCCAACCUUCAGCGUGCCUCCUGCAUCUUAACACACUCGGUACAAUAUUAGCAACGUUUCCCCGUCUGGACUGGAGGUCAGGCAACACUGUGAAAAGACAAAUGGUAGAGUUCUGUCGAGCAGAAUCUCAAUCUGCUGCACUAAAAAGCACAGACACUUCCCUUCAGUGCUUUCCUCUGUGAUUCAGUCUGCUGAGUUUGACCCUGUUCCUUUCAUCUGAAGAGUGCCUUUACGGAGUCUGAUCAUCCAUCCGACGGGGACGGGCUGAUCCUGGUCAUUCAUAGAGCUGGGCGAUACGACCACAACCAUGUUAUCAUGAUAAAUGCUUCCAUAUCAAACCAAACCAGUAAUUAUUACAAUAAUGUAGGAAGGAUUAUUUCUCUUCAGCAGCAAAAAGUAAGAUGAUAAUUAGUGGUUUUAAAUUAUUCAUAAAAGAUGAAAACAGUGUAAAUAAACACAAGAUGAAACCGAUA